GACAAACAUGUUGAAUGUUCCUAACCUAAACUGUAGCCCCUGUAGUCUGUAGAAGAAAUAAAUUUAAAUUAAAAAAUAUCUUGUGUCCAUAAUUAUAGCAGAUUAUAGUAUGGCCAGUAUGGCACUGGAUGCAAAUCUAGCCAAAUAAAAAUAAUAGGGUAAUAUAUUGAAAUGAAAUCACAUAUAUUAAAACUAUUUAGCUCUAUUGGUGUAGUAAUUCAGUAUGGGUGCAUUGCUCAUUGUACUUUUGAAUACAUAGGAGAUUUUGUUCUGUGUUCUGGACCAUCUAUGGAACCAACAAUAUUUUCGGAUGAUGUUCUAUUCACUGAACACAUAUCUCCUCUUACACAAAGUAUUAGUAAAGGUGAUAUAAUAAUUGCUAAGUGCCCAACUAAUCCGAAACAGCAAAUAUGCAAAAGAGUUGUUGCAAUACAGGGUGAAAAAAUUAAAACUGGCUUUGCAAGUUAUCAAAUAGUUCCUAUUGGUCAUGUAUGGUUGCAAGGUGAUAAUAAAAAUAAUUCAACAGACAGUAGAAGUUAUGGACCAGUACCUUUAGGGCUCAUUAGAAGUAGAGCAGUUUGCAAAGUCUGGCCGCCGAAAAGUAUAUCUAUGUUGAGUAGUUGAUGUUAGUAUAUUAGAAAAUUAAAACAUUUCUAGAAAUUGUUAAUUGAUAUGAUUGUUUAGGUCAUAUAUCAUAUAAAAUUAUUUUACAUAUUAAGUCUAGUCAAAGAGUAGAUAAGACAAGAGA